GUUUCAGGACCCAGACGUCAAACUAUCCACACUUUAAAAUGCAAUACUAUUCAUGUCUUUCUAUGUUUCUUCUGAUAGCCGCUGUAUCGGCUAUUCCGGGCCAAGAGAAAUACGUUGCACCGUCGCCAAAUAACUCUACAAGGCUCCUUCGUGAAACUUCAGAGGAUGCUCUGGCGGAGAAACAAGGAUCUGAGGAAGAUGUCGGACCACUUGGAGAAGUUCAAUUGGAUGUUGAGGAAGAAGAUAUUGGGGAUGCUGCGCAGCCAAAGAUGAGAGUGCGAAGAGGGUAUAGUCAAGGAGGUGGCCAGAAGAAGAGCAAGUAUGGAGGUGGUCAGAGUGGUGGAAACAAGUACGGUGGUGGUGGCGGUGGCAGCAAAUAUGGUGGAGGACAACAACAGCAACCACAGCAACAACAAGGAGGAUAUGGUCAACAGCAACAACAGCAGCCGAGCAAGUAUGGUGGAGGUGGACAAGAGCAGCAGCAGGGAGGAGGAAGCAGUGGAGGAAACUAUUAGAGUUUUCACGAUUUUGAAAAUAUAAUGAACUUAUUUGAAUAAAAUUUUUUGAAA